UCGUAUGAGAGUGUUUGAAAGUCUGUCCAAGCUCAAACUCGAUAUUAUAAUUCGAGGAAUGUUUGAUAUCGUUAUGCACAGGGUUGUGUGUAUCCCUGUAGAUUCUAUUCUAUUGUGGAUUCACUGUGGCUGGUGGUUUGUGGCGGAACUACGAUGUUCCUGAAAGCAGUGUUCCAUUGUUCCUCAGACAUCCUAGCAUGACCGAUCUCUUCAAACACCAACAUACAUUCAUCUGUUCACAUCUCUGCAUCGACUCCAGAAUAUCUACGCAUUCCUCUCUCACGACGUUCACUGGUCAGCUGCAUCGCCACUACGGACGUUAGUGACCCAGAUCCCCAACCGGCCUUUUCUAGCUCCGACCCGAGACGCUUCUCUUCCUGAAGAAGGCAACGACGAUAACACCACAGAUUUCCGCCUACGACAAGUAUCAUCUCCCUACAACAUCUAUCCAUCCACAAUGGCAAACCCACUCGAUACCGACGCAGGCUCUGAGCUUUUCAGCAGCUACGAAGCUGAGCUCAAACUGGUUCAGGCCGAUCUGAGCCAAAAGUUGGAUCAGAUUCCGGACAUGGCAGGCGAGCCGCGCAAAGCAGCAAUCAGUCAAGCAGAGCGAGCGUUGGAAGAAGCAAAUGAGUUGCUCGAUCAGAUGCGCCUCGAGAAGCAGAAUAUACCCUCAGCCACUCGCACCAAAGUCAAUCAACGAUUUCGAAACCACGAGUCCGAUGUCGAUGCUGCGAAGAGGAAGUUGAGGUCCCUGGCUGAUGAUCGCUCUGCUUUGUUUGGAUCUCGAUAUUCUGACAACCCGAAUGAUGUCCAGCUCGAGCAGAGACAACAGCUCCUCACCGGAACCGACAGGUUAGAUCGCAGCUCGCAGAGGCUGAAAGCUAGCCAAGCAUUGGCAAAUGAGACAGAGGCAAUUGGAGCGAGCACUCUUGCCGACUUGCAUAGGCAGAGAGAGACAAUCCAACAUACGAACGACAUGCUGCUCGAGAGUGAAGGUUACGUUGAUCGCAGCGUAAAGACGUUGAGGGGGAUGGCUCGUAGGAUGGCUACAAAUAGGAUUAUAACGAUCUCGAUCAUUACGGUUUUGGUUCUGCUUAUCAUUGCUGUAAUUUACAGCAAGUUCAGAUGAUGCAGUGGGUUAUUAGCGCUUCGG